AUGAAUGGCUUUUACUUUGGGGGUGACUCUGCAAGCGCCUCAUCCGCAGACGACGAGGACAAUCUACCAUACCCAGAAGCUCUCCCGAGGAGUGACUUCUUGGUUCCCAACUUUGAUGCAUCCGACUACCUCUCCACCCUUGCAGACCGCCAUCAAACCCUGGAGGACUUACGUACAGAUCUGAGAGAGCGUUCCCAAGCAUUGUCCAAAGAGCUCCUCGACCUCGUCAAUGUUAACUACGAGCAAUUUCUAAGUCUUGGCUCGGACCUUCGUGGUGGAGAGGAGAAGGUUGAGGAUGUGCGUGUGGGCCUCCUAGGUCUCAAGAGAGGAUUUGAAGAAGUGAGGGGCAAGAUAAAGGCUAAGGGCCAAGAUGUUGAUGGCCUGCUCAGCGAGAAGUCACAGAUCAACUGGGAGAUCAGUACGGCAAGAACUAUGCUGGAGCUCGAUGCCACGUUAGAAGAACUGGAGGAGAAUCUGAUGAUGGGCUCUGUGGAUAGACAGACUCGAGACGAGGUUUGGAGUGAUAGCGAGGAUGAUGAGGAUGAGGGUGGGCUCACCCUUGAUAUGGCCACAGGAGGCGCCAGCAUCAGAAAGUUGCAGCGUCUUGUAAGAGAUUACUGCCACGUCGUUCGUAUGGCUCGAGCGGCUGGCCACGAAAAUGCAUUCGUUGCUACACAGCAGCAGCGGAUAGGGAGAGUUAGGGGUGUCCUUCUUCUGGAUCUUAAUACGGCCCUAAAAGAAGCCAAUGGGUCUGACGAUUCUUCUCGAGCACGCCUGGUGAAAGUGAUGGGCAUUUAUAGGGAGAUGGAUGAAGCUGCGGAGGCUGUGAAAGUACUGAAUGGUUCCGAGUUCAGAAGAAAGCAACAGUUUGGGGACACAUAG